UUGCCUAAUAAUGCAGGUCACAAUCUCUUAUCAUUUUAUGAUUAUUUGGUAAAUGUUAUUCGCCAAACAGACAAGAAUACAUUGAUAUUUUACGAGAGUGUAACUUAUGGAAUAUAUUUUCCAUUUGUUAAUGGAAUACCUGGUACUGGUAUCCAACGUGUUCCCGGUUUAUUACAAGAUGAGACGGCCAGAAAGAAGAGUGUAUUAUCUUAUCAUUACUACUGUUGGUUAUUGGAAUCGACACCAUCUACAGAGAAUAUGCCAUCAUGGAAACGAUAUUUGUGUGAUAAAGUGAGAGUUCAAUUACCUGGUUUAUUGUUUGUAACGCAUAUGCAUUCCAAUAUCUCAAUGCUUUAA